CAUAGUGCCUCGCGUGAGACACUCGAUACCUCAGUAUACCUAGCUUAGUGUGUCAAAGAUUUCGACGUGGAAAGAAAUCCAGAGUUAUUUUUCUGAAAGAGUUGGAGGACUUGGGGAAAUUUCCAAUAAUUUUUUCGGACGAUUUCUGCCCCGUUUUGGGAAAGAUACAGAUGGCUUCCCCGAUGAACAAGGCAGCGUUGGUGGUGGACAGCGGGUCGGGAACCACCAAGGCAGGGUUUGCAGGCGAGGAAGGACCCGUGUCUGUUUUCCCGACGAUCGUGGGGCGUCCUCGAACCGCGCGCCACUUCAGCUCCCACGCGCAGCCCUUGGUCGGGAACGCCGCCCAGAGGAAGCGCGGCACACACAGGCUCUCGUUCCCCAUCGAGCGCGGCGUCGUCACCAACUGGGACGACAUGGAGACACUCUGGAGCCACACCUUCGAGCACGAACUCCACGUCGAGCCUCGCGAGCACGGCCUCCUGCUGGCUGAGCCGCCCCUCUGCCCGAUGCCCAACCGCGAGAGGGCGGCGCAGGUUCUGUUCGAGACGUUCGGCGUGGGCGCGCUCUUAGGGGCCAACCAGGCCGUGCUCUCGCUGCACGCGUCGGGGCGCACCACGGGCAUCGUGCUGGACUCCGGCGACGGCAUUUCCCACGCCAUGCCCUUCUACGAGGGCUACUCCCUCCCGCAUGCCAUUCUGCGCUCGGAUCUGGCCGGCAGAGAUCUCACAGAGUACCUGGUGGAACUCCUGGGCAAGCGAGGAUACUCCUGCCAAAACUCCACCGAGAGGGACAUCGUCCGUGACGUCAAAGAGCGCCUGUGCUACGUCGCCCUCGACUUUCACCAGGAGAGCGCCGCUGCCAAGACCUCAGCCGUCGAAAAAACCUACGAGCUUCCCGACGGGGAGGUCAUAUCCCUCGCAGACGAGAGAUUCCGAUGUCCCGAGGUCCUGUUCGACCCGUCCCUCGUCGGCAAGGAGGCUCGGGGCAUGCAGGACACCGUGUGCGACUCCAUCCUCAAGUGCGAGUCGGUCGUCCGCAAAGACUUAUUCGCGAAUGUCAUGCUGUUUGGCGGCAGCAACAUGUUCCCAGGCAUGGCCGACAGGAUGCAGAGGGAACUGGCGGACAAAACCCCUCUGAAGGUCACUGUCCUCGCCCCGCCCGAGCGCAAGUACUCCGUGUGGAUCGGCGGCUCCAUCCUGGCCUCGCUCUCCACCUUCCAGCAGAUGUGGAUCAGUAAGCAGGAGUAUGACGAGGCUGGACCAAGAGUUCUACACAAGAAAUGUCUUUGAUCUCUUCCCAUUUUCAGUACUCCAUUUAAAUUAUAUAACUUUUAUCUCGUAUU